AUGGAAGAAGAAAGACAGAAGUAGGCGUUAAGACUGACGUGCCUGCUAGAUAACAAUAGUGAAGACGUGUUCCUCACUCACGCGCACUCACCAAAAGUUCUCUCAACGUCCACCGAGAUGGGAAUCCGAAAAAAGAACAACAAGAACCCACCGGUGCUCAGCCACGAGUUUGUGAUCCAGAACCAUGCGGAUAUUGUGUCUUGUGUUGCUAUGGUGUUUCUGCUGGGUCUCAUGUUUGAGAUUACAUCAAAGGUAGCGGUUUUGUUCAUAACCGUGCAAUACAAUGUAACGAUUCCAGCAAAUGGAGGUCCAGAGGAAACAGCAGUGAAUUACUUCCAUUACGGUUUGAAAGAUAUGGCCACCGUCUUCUUCUACAUGUUAGUUGCCAUUAUCAUGCACGCCAUUAUUCAGGAAUACGUGCUAGAUAAAAUCAACAGGAAGAUGCACUUCUCCAAAACCAAGCACAGCAAGUUCAAUGAGUCGGGUCAGCUGAGUGCCUUCUACCUCUUCUCCUGCCUGUGGGGAGCUAGCAUUCUUGUUUCUGAGAACUUCCUGUCCAAUCCUGUCAGCCUUUGGGACGGUUACCCGCACACUCUUAUGCCGUUCCAGUUGAAGUUCUACUACAUCUGUCAGCUUGGUUACUGGCUUCAUGCUAUCCCUGAGCUCUACUUCCAGAAGACCAAGAAAGAGGACAUUCCUCGUCAGCUUGUUUAUAUCAGCCUUUACCUGGUCCACAUCACAGGAGCCUACGUUCUGAAUCUGAACCGGUUGGGCCUGGUGUUGCUGGUUCUGCAUUACUUUGUUGAGCUCCUCUUCCAUGUAUCCCGACUCAUUUACUUCAGCAAUGAAGACAGACAGACCGGGUUUACAGUGUGGGCUGUUCUGUUUGUGCUGGGCCGGUUGUUGACUCUUUCCCUGUCUGUUCUCACUGUGGGCUUUGGGCUGGCCGGAGCAGAGAAACAGGGUCUGAACCUCGCAGAGGGAAGCUUUAAUGUCCUAGUUGUUCGGGUGACUGUCCUGGCUGCAAUAUGCACCACUCAGGCUUUUAUGAUGUGGAAAUUUAUCAACUUCCAGCUGCGACGAUGGAGAGAACAUGCACAGACUCAGACCUUAAAGAAGAAAUCAUCCUCUUCUAAGAGCAAAUCAAAGAAAGCCAAUGGUGUGAACGGAUCUGUUGGUGCCAGUGGAGCAGAUUCCCCAAGAUCGAGGAAAGAGAAGUCAUCAUAAAGUGCUCUUGGUCCCAACUUUUGCCCUGGCUGAAAUCAGUCUGAUCAUUCCUCUCCCUCCUAUGUGUCCCACAGUUUAUUUGUAGCCCCUUUUCCCUUUCCCCUCUUGUUUAUCUGAGAAAAAAAAAAAACACAAAAAAAACUUGCAAUAUGGCAACUUCCUCAUCCUGCUCCUUGUGCCUGUAGGAUGCUGAAUAUAUUUCAUGAAGCCAUCCAACUAUAAUGUCUCUUUGCAAGAAGGGCUUAAAAGAAAAAGAAAAAGAAAAGUGGCUUUGGGGGAUUUUGGUGGGGUUCUUUUUAUCCCCCCCUACAUUUGUUUCCUUAUUCUGAAGGUCCAUAUGCUCUUUGCUUUAUGCUGCAAUCCAAAUCUAUGAUCCAGCCAUACCUACAAAGAAAACAUGAAAGCUGUGGGGGAAAAUGUAACUUAUUUUUACAAGUGCCUAACCAUGCAUAAUUUUGACAGAUCAGAGAGGAAUAAUUCAGUAUUUUAACAUGAGUUUGAAAUCAGGGUUGUAUUUAAAGUUCUCUGGAGGCUCAGAUUUUGUUGAUUCUAUCCUAUGCAUUUAGAACUACGUCUAAAGUCUCUUCAUUUGUAUUGUUGUAAAAACACAUUGUCACAUUUUUUUUAUUUUCAUUAGAAAAAGGAUCACAAUCAAAAUGUUCAUUUGAUGCCUUUUUUUAAUGAAUUCCAUUUGUUGUACUGUGCUACAUAAUUGGUCAAGGUAUGCAAAAAGUAUAAUGCGCCACAAAUUUUGUUAAAUUAGCAAAGGAUGAUGAACUAAAGCUGUAUGCUUUUGAUUUGUCAGUAGAUUAUACCUUUUGUUCUUGAACUUGGCAAAUUGCUGUUCGGUGUUGAUAACUUAUGAAAAUGUCAAAUCACAAGUGUCAUUCCAGUGAGAGUGUGGAAAAGUUCUCAGAAAUCAUUUUCAUAGAUUGUUUUUAUUUAAGAACAACAGUACAUAGAGAAUGAAGUUCAAUAAAAAAGCAUUAUCAUCUCACAUUUCUUUUACCCAAGUACACAACCAAUGAGAAAGACAACCAGUGAAUACAUUAAUUAAAAUGUUGUUUUCACAGUA